CGGAGGAGGAGGAGAAGCUCGCAAUGGGCUCGAGGCCUCAUCUUCUCGCAUUGCUCUCGGCACUAGCAGCAUUAGCAGCGCUGGGGGGAGCUUGGGCAGCUCGCAGCGAUGCCGCGAUUCUACUCGACGUGAAGCGCGGCUUGGAUCCCAGAGGUGAGGUUUUGGCGUCGUGGGUCGCGGGCAAAGAUCCGUGUGGGGCGGAGGAUGGAUUCGUGGGCGUGGCCUGUGACUCGCGAGGAAGGGUCACCAACGUUUCUUUGCAAGGCAGAGGUCUCGAGGGAAGCAUUCCAGGGGCCAUUGGCGAGCUCUCCUCGCUCACAGCUUUGUAUCUUCACUACAACAGCCUCUCCGGGAGCAUUCCAUCGUCACUGGCAUCGCUCACUGGUCUCACCGACGUCUAUCUCAACGUCAACAAGCUCUCGGGUGCCAUUCCUUCGCAGCUCACCUCUCUUCGCAACCUCCAAGCUCUCCAGCUCUGCUGCAAUGAUCUGAGUGGUCCCAUCCCUGACGCGCUGGGUCAUCUCGGCUUGCUCAAUCUCCUGGCACUGCAGCACAACCAUCUCGACGGACGGAUCCCCGCCUCGCUGGGCCAGCUCUCGUCGCUCAAGCACUUGGACCUCAGCUUCAACAGUCUCUCGGGUCCCAUUCCCGCGGCACUAAACAACUUGGCCCAGAUCACUGUUCUGGAUGUUCGCAGCAACAAACUCUCGGGCUAUGUCCCAGCAGGACUGCGAAGCUUGGAAACUGGAUUUGCCUACAGCAACAACACUGGCUUGUGCGGUGUGGGCUUUCCAAGUCUUCCUUACUGCAGCGGCUCCGGAGCAUCAUCCUUGCAGCGUCCACAGCCUUUUGGAGCGGUCGCUCCGGAGCAUGCUGCUACGGGCCCUUCGACAGCCACGAAUCCUCGAGCUCGCGGCCGCAUUCCAAAUCUCGUGGAGCCGCAAGCCAAGCCAGGGAACGCUGCCACCGUUGCUCAAACCGUAGCCAAGCGUGCUCCUCUCUCCACAAACUCCUCGUCCAGGAUCCCGCAGAUGGCUGUCAUCGGCGGCGUCGUGGCCGUCACCGGCGGAGUGCUGCUUGCGAUGCUCAUGUCGUUCGUGUGGUUUCGGAGGCACAAGCAGAGAAUCAGCAGCACUCAUGACAGCAGCGGCGGGAUCAAGGUGGCGACCAUGGACAUUCUCUCUCCGGAGCAGACCAAGAGCAAGAGCGGCGGCGAUGGCGGCGGCAAAGGCAGCAGUCUCCACCUGGUGGCGCCGCUGGCCAUGCAAAGCAUCAACGCACCGAAGAGCCUGGUUGGAUCCUCGAUGAGGAGCUUCCAGUAUCGGCUGGAGGAACUGGAGGUGGCGACGAACUAUUUCUCGGAUAAGUACCUCCUGGCCAGGAAGAGCAGCCUGUCGAUCUACAGGGCGGUGGUGAGGGACGGAUCCACCGCCGUGAUCAAGUACUUCACCAAGACGAGAUUCGUGGGUGGCGAGGAGGAGUUUGAGGCCGCGCUGAGCUCCUUCGUGCAGCUCAAGCAUGACAAUCUCGUCAAGCUCAAGGGCUUUUGCUGCGUCCAAGGAGGACUCCAGUGCUACCUCGUCUAUGACUUCGUGCCGAAUGGAUCGCUCUUCGAGCACUUGCACGGCCCAAGCGUGUCACCUUUGGACUGGGGAACCAGAGUCCAGAUCGCCCAUGGAGUUGCCAAAGGAUUGGAUUACCUCCACCGCAAUGGCGAGCAAGUCAUUGUGUGGGCUUCCAACGUGCUCUUGGACGAGAGCUACAAUGCUCUUGUGUCGAGCUGGGGUCACAACAAGGUGCUCGCGGACGAGCUCGUCUAUGCCAACAUCAAGACAUCGGCAAUGCUGGGCUACUUGGCACCCGAGUAUGGAGUGAUCGGCCACCUCCACGAGAAGAGCGACGUGUACGCGUUUGGGAUCUUGCUGCUGGAGCUCCUCACGGGACGCAAGCCCAUGUACGCGGACGGCAGCAGCUUGUCGGUCACCAAUCUCGCCAACUUUGUGAGGCCGCUCUUCGACUCCGGCCAUCUCGACACCGCCAUCGAUCCGUCGUUGGGGACCAAGUUUUCGGCGACUGGUGCGAUUGGUAUGGCCAGCAUCGCCUUCUCGUGCGUGGCGCCAGUGCCGCAGCUGCGGCCAAGCAUGGGACAGGUCGUGCAGAGGUUGUAUGAGAUCGAGACUCUGGCCGAUGGUGGAGGAGGAGCUUCCGCCACUGCCGACGCAGGAUUCUCGUCUUCCGGAGAGGAGUGUCCCUCGUACCCGACCCGGCAGCAGGCUGCGUACGCGGAGAUGCUGGACUAUGGACGCUAGCAAGCUUCUCUAACGUCAAGCUAGCUCUAGGAGAUCAUCGAACGAAAGAACACGCACUCACUCACACAACUUUGUGUUGUCUGUAACUUGUACCAUGAAUCCUUGCUCUAACAGUUUGCAUUGAUCGA